AUGCUUGCCAUAACUGCCCUGUUUGUGGCCCUGAACCUCCUCUCAGACACUGACGCCUUGGUUGUCCGUGCCGAACCAAAGCCCACUAUUUCAGUUUACUACCCCGGGUACCACUCCACUUUGUUGCCCCCUGACAGCAUCCCAUGGGAUCUAUAUACCCACCUUGAUUACUUCGUUGCCACCACUGGCAGCGAAGCCAGCGAGGACUUGAAGAUCGAAAAUGAAGAAAACCUCAAGGCUGUCGUUGCUGGCGCCAAGUCACAUGGAGUUUCUGUUUCCCUGACUGUCGGUGGCUGGACUGGAAGUAAGUACUUCAGCAAAUUGGUCGCUGACGAAGACAGUCGAAAAACGUUCGCGCAAACCUUCUUGCGCGCAGUCAACAAGUACGACUUUGACGGAAUUGACAUCGAUUGGGAGUACCCCGGCGUCCCAGGAAAUGACGGCAACAUCAUAUCUAAGGAUGACUCGGCGAACUACUUGAAGUUCCUGCAGACACUUCGCCAAGUUUUGGGUCCCAAGGCCCGGAUUUCUGCGGCGGUCGCUGUACAUGGUUUUAUGGGUUCGGACGGCAAUUAUUUGACCGACCACAAAGCCUUUGCUGAGGUUCUUGAUUUCAUCACCAUCAUGGCCUAUGACCUCUACAGCCCCUCUGGCGAACUCGCGGGUCCAAAUGCCCCAAUGUAUGACACCUGUAAUGACCCCACCGUGAAAUUCUCGGUUGAUCAAGGGAUUAAGACAUGGACCUCCUCGGGAUUUCCUGCCUCUCAGAUCCUGUUAGGACUGCCAGCCUACGGGUAUAAGUACACCAUGCCAAAUUCUGAAUUAACACCCACUAACUUCUCAGGCCAAAGCAACGCCACUAGUUUAUUUUUCUCCAAGUUUGACAAGUCUGCUGCUCCUGCUGCCCCCGAGAGUCAAUCAGCUGGACCCACCACCUGCGGUGGUGAAGAAGACGGUCACACAUGGCUCUUUAAAGACCUUGUCAAUUGCGGCAUGGUCACGUCUGACGGAAGUCAAGGCCUCAAAGGCUUUACUCGUUACUACGAUCAUUGUUCAAGGACUCCUUUCCUCUUCGACCCAUCGAGUAAGACUUUCAUUUCUUACGAUGACGCGAGGUCCCUAGCCCGCAAGACGCGCUUCGCCAAGUCCAACGGAUUGGCCGGAGUCAAUGUCUUUGACGCUACAGGAGAUACCCAAGCCCGAGUCCUUCUCAAGGCUAUCAAAUCCUCCUUCUAA